AUGAACUGGUGGCCAUCCAUGUUGUCCACCUACCGCAACAUCCAGGCAAUCAGGGAUACAAAUGAUGCUAGUGACAACCCACGUUGGUAAGAGACCUUGUAGAGUAGCCUACACUAACCUCGGUCCCCGUGAUCAAACUGCUAUUGGAUAUAAGUUUGUAGAGAGAGCUGCCUGGUGGAUGAGAUUAUACUGUAGUGAUUUUACUUUCUUAUAAUGCUGCCUAACUUUCUCUACUCCUCCGCAGCAAAAUUGACUCUGGUAACCGCCUGCUGAUCUCCAAAGCUUUACCCAGUCACUGGAAUAAAUCUUCAGUACCUGAAACUGGAUUCAAGGUUCAUAAUAAUUGUUUACGUUUUUAACUCAUAAGAUCUUCCAUCUGGUCAGAAAUGUAAAGACAGUGCAUUAUAAAUCUAUUAAUUCGCAUUGGAAAAAUGAGGUGUUCUGUCCAAAUGCAUUCUCUCUAGAGGGUUGCUCUGCAGAGUUCCUCAGCUGAGUACAAGAAUAUUCUGGAUCUUUUCCAUCAAACUAUGACUGGCUUCAGUGUGAAGAGUAUUGAGAGGGUGCAGAAUCGGAUCCUGUGGGAGGUCUUUUCGUGGUAAGAAUCCAAACUCCUCAUGCAAAAGAAAUGUAAUCUAAUCAAGAAAUAUGUUCAUAUUGUCUGCGUUAAUCAAAGCAGUUUACAACAUAACAUAUGCAAACAGAUGUAACAUGUUAACUGGUCCUUAGAUUCUAGUAGCAAAAGAGCAGACACUUGCAAACGCUAUGAGGUGACAUGCCAAUGAAGAUACUGACAAAUAAAUCUGUUCCUUUCCCAAGGCAAGGAGAUGUAAUGAGAAAGACAAACACAGGGAAGGAGAAUGAGAAGCAGCUCUUCCAUGGAACAGACUCUAAACACGUGGACGCUAUAUGCCUGCAGAACAUAGACUGGAGGAUUGGUGGAACACAAGGAACGCUGUAUGGGCAAGGUAAAUUCUGCAUUUCAUGUGAUAUCUAAUAGAUUUUUAAGUUUAUAUUAGAAUUUGUUAUUUUAUGUGGAAAUGGCAUUGGACGAGAUCUUUUUUGCUAUGCUCUUUCAUGUUACAUUGUGGAAAUACAGUGGAAAAGUUGACAAAACAAAUGUCUUUGUAAUGUCUCACAGUCACUGUGACUGUCAUUGUGAUUGUUCUAAUUCUAACCCAUCUCUUUCCAGGAAGCUACUUCUCCAAGGAUGCCAAGUUCUCCCACAGCUACACCAGCCAGUCAGGAGUCAGGUCCAUGUUUGUUUGUCGUGUGCUGGUGGGAAAUUACAUGCAAGGACACUCCAGCUACCUCUGCCCACCCUCAAACGACAGAAGUCCCACAAUCUUCUAUGACAGCUGUGUGGAUGAUAUCUACAACCCCUCUGUAUUUGUGGUGAUCGGGAAGCACCAGGUGUACCCAGAGUACCUUAUUCAGUACAGGGAAGGGUCCAAGCCUGGGACCUAUGUUCCACCACCUAAUGUUGUCCAAAACCAGAGCCACCACGACAUAAACUGGCAACCUAUUCCAGUCAUGCUACACUCACAAGCCACCCCUGUGCUGCCCAACAAUGCAAGGUUCAGAUCUCCUUCCCCAACAGGACCGGCCUUUGCCCAGCCCACACUCAGUACCCAGACACUAUUUUCUCACUACUCAAACCCACCCAGGCCCCCCUCCAUUCCCUCUGUUUCAAACCCUUCAAGGCAGAGAACCCCCAGACCUACCUUAACGCAUUAUUCUGCACAGUUUGAUUCCCUGAACUCCUUGACACAUCCAUCGUUUCAGCCAGGUCUGUUGACUUACGUCCCUAACCCACCACCCUGGGUCGGCUCUAUGACCUCCAUACCACACGCACCUCCGUCAAGGACAAGAAGAUCACAGUUGUCUAAAAUGAAGGCAAAAAGUAAAUCUAUGGCAUCACUAGAUAAUCUAUAA